CUUGUUUUCGUACAACUAAACUAUCAAUGACUACUACUAUUGCCCCCGCCAAGGCCCUAUGGCACAAUCGAGCGCCGAUUGUCCCGAGUGAGAAUGACCAGCGAAGACUGCGCAAAAGGACCCAGAAUCGACUAAAUCAGAGGGCUCGCAGAACACGACUACAAGCAACGAGUCGUUCAAGUGAGAGGGAUGGGCCACAUACAUACAAAGUACAACGUUGGCGAAUCGCUACCAACGAUGAGCCGCAACAGACACGUACUACAUCAACACUAGUUACAAAGCGCCCUCAUGGUCUCAUAGUGUCUGGUGUGAAACAAGAACAGCCAGAACACAAUCUUCUCGAAACACUGCGAAGAAACCCGCCGGCUUUGGACUUGAUAAUCAGUCCGACAGCAUGGGGACAAUCAAAUACCAUCCCCUCACUACCUGCCGAUAAUUUACUCCAUCUAAUACACUAUAAUACCUUUCGCGGUCUAUACAACAACAAAAUCACCCUAGGAACGGCGACAAUUUCCUGGGAACCUGACUCUCAUCCCGAACCAUUCGGCACCGCAUUCCCCAGCUUCUCAGUCGUCUUACCCUUCGCACCAGGCCUCCCAGACAAUCUGAGCCCCUCUCAAUCCCAGAUGAGUAUCGUGCAUUCAACGUGGAUCAACCUGAUCCCCUUCGCUGCAAUGCGCGAGAAUCUCAUCCGCUGGGAAACUUCAUUUGACCAUAGAGAAUUCGCUCAAGAUCUGGUUGGUACCGAAGCUAAUCCAGACUUGUUCUUGCAGCCGCGAUAUUCGCGCCUUGCAACGCCGCUGAAGGGCGAUUAUUUACUAUCAGGCGAUGAUGAUGAUGACGAAGUGACUGCGAAUAGGAAUGGAUUGAUUCUCUGGGGAGAGUCUCAUGAUGUUAAUAGCUGGGAGGUUACGCCGGGGUUUCUGCGCAAAUGGGCCUGGGUUAUGCGGGGAUGCGAAGAGUUGAUCGUUUCUAGUAACCGAUGGAGGAAGAUAAGAGGGGAGGAGCCACUACGAUUCUCGAUAUGUGAUUAG